AUGGUGGGCGACGGGAAAACGAAGCUGAUUGCAGUAUCUCCGUACGAGAUUACCUUUGUCAUGACACGAACCAGAGCCAAGGACGUCCCGUUUGAGCCCGAAGGGGUUGUUGAUGGGAAUGACGGUGAAACAGACAAGGGUGAUGUCAAUGUCGAAUCCAGGGUGCUUGAAGAUAGAAUCAUAAAGUUGGGCAAAGAACUAGUCGCUACCAUGUCUGAUGAAGAAGAAACGUUCGCGCUGGGUAUGAGAGUGGCGAAUGUGGCCGAGGAACUAGGAAUGGUGGCGCUGCUCGAAGGCGUAAUCAAAGAACUUGACGACGUAAUUGAGGAACUAUUUCCCGCAAAGGACGACCCUGAACUCGGCAAAGGCGUCAGCAGAGGCAGGGUAGCCGUCAAGCUAGGAGAUAUGGAUAUUGAGGUGGAAGGCUCCAUGAGCGAUGUAGAUGGACUGCUCAGCAAGCCACUCAUCGAACUAGAAGCCUCUUCGGAAGUCGUUGGCAAGACGUCUGAUGUUGGCGGCGGAAUGCUCAGACUAUCAGACAAGGAUGUCAGAGUGGGCGUUUCCAGGUCUGCUGUAGAUGUAUCUAUCGCACUUGAUAUGGGUAUUCCGGCUAGAUCUGAAGAUGAGAUUGGCGAGAUAGGACUCUCAGAUGGUGUCAGACCCGGUGAUUGCUCUGUUGAUAUGCCCGACACGCUCAGACUACCAGGCUCUGUAGAAGGCCUCUCCAACGAGAUUAAAAAAGAGCUCCAAGACAAUAGAGGUGUUGUACUUGGCUCUUCAAUCUCGUCUGAACUAGUGUCGAUUGUCGGAAUUGAGGUGGUGGGUAGGAUAGGAUUGGACGUCAACUCGACAGGAGAGGAUAACGGAUCAUUCACGGUGAUUGAGGUACUAGUAAGUGCCGUAGAUGAGUCGUCGGGUACAGUUGACGUGAACGUUAAAGGGACGCUUGACGUGCCUAACACAUCAGUUUCGGUGGGUAGUCCGGGAGACAAGGCAGAAGAUACUGUGGGAAGCGCUUCGUUGACCGAACUUGUCGAAUCAACUUCGGAAGAGAUAUCAGAAAUCGUGGGUGAGGAGAUCGAAGCAGAACUGAUCGGGCCACUCGGAAGUUCGGGAACCACGGAUGCACUUGAAUCAAAGCUCAAAAAGACCGAGGUUGAUACAGUGGACGUCAACAAUGUAGACACUGAGCCAGAAAACACACUGCUGAUUACGCCGGUGGACGGAGGAUACGGUGGUGGUGGCGUGACAGGCUACAGCAAACUUACAGAUGAUGGACUCAACGAAGGAAGGGGGACAGUAGUAUCAGGUCUGCUCAUGCUGAGUGAAACCAUGGUAGAGCCGGAGAUUAGCGGCACUGUCAAUGAUGACGAAAGUCCCGGUAUAGACAAGUCAGGUGAGGUGUAG